GUCAUCAAUGGAAGAAAGAGAAAGAAUUGAACAGGAAGAAGAGAGAAAAAGAAGAAAUAAUGGUAAAGUAUGGAGUUGGGGAGCUGGUACAGAUGGUCAAUUAGGAACGUCAAAGCUCCAAGAUGAACAUCUCCCACAACUAAUUCACUCUCUAAAUUAUGUAGCAAACACCGUUUCUCAACUUGCUUGUGGAGGUGCCCAUGUUAUUGCUUUGACAGGGAAUGAUGGAAAAGUUUUUACUUGGGGUAGAGGAACAAGUGGUCAAUUAGGUCAUGGAGACCAAACCAAUUGCUUAAACCCUAAACCUGUUAAAUUCUUGGAAACCCUUAUUAUGUCUCAUGUUUCUGCUGGUUGGAAUCAUUCUGGGUUUGUUUCAGAUAGUGGUAAAGUUUAUACUUGUGGAGAUGGUUCAUUUGGACAACUAGGGCAUGGAGAUUAUGAGUCCCAUCACUUACCUGUUGAAGUUUCGUAUUUGGGUUCCAAAUUUGUUGAACAGAUUGCAUGUGGGAUGCGCCAUUCGCUUGUCUUGCUCAAAGGUCAAUCAGGAGCUCAAAUUUAUGGAUUUGGUUCAGGAAAGCGUGGUCAAUUGGGUGUUUCGAUUGACCGUAUUAAGAUAGUGUCCAACCUUCCUCAAGCUGCUAAGGGACUUGAAAAUGUUGAGAUACGUAAUAUUUAUGCCAACGGAGAUCACAGUGCAGCAGUGAGUGCUGACGGACAUGUCUACACUUGGGGCAGAGGGUUCAGUGGCCAAUCUGAUGCUUACCGUCCAGAGAUUUUAUCAUCACCCUUGAAGUUUUUCAAAGUCGCUCUUGGAUGGAAUCAUGCGUUACUGCUUACAGAUGCCAAGGAAGUGUAUAUGCUUGGUGGGAAAUACCAUGGAAUGCUCAGUGAUCCUGGGAAAAUGAGCUUUGAGCUGCAUCCCCCUAUUCACGAAGUUUCUAGUCAAAGCUCAGAUGGCGACGGAAGAGUGUCGAUCCUCGGAAAAGUACCUGAUCUUAAUGAGACCAGGGUCAUCGAUGUUGCAACUGGAUCUGAGCACUCUGCUAUAGUUACAGAGAAUGGAGAGAUAAUGACUUGGGGUUGGGGUGAACAUGGGCAACUAGGUCUAGGGAACACCUGUGAUCAAAUGAACCCUCAAAUGGUGCACCUAGGUGAUGUGGUUCCUUCUGAUAAUCAAACCCAACUUAGUGUUUACUGUGGAAGUGGGUUUACUUUUGUCGUGCGUCUACUUUCUCAAACUUGAAGAUUUGUUAAUUUUAAGAAAAUGAAGUUCCUUGU